GAAAGGAGCUGAUGCACAGAGGGCGAAGGAUGCGCAGGAUAAUGUCGCCCCGCCACCCGGUACCAUGAUAAACACCGCCGAGGGGGUGACCCGGAGGAGGUCGUCGGCGGCCCGGCGCAGCGAGCGCUGGAUCGCCUGGUGCCAGGCGGCGCUGCUCGGCGUGUCGGCGCUGGUCAUCGCGGCCGAGCGGAGCUCUCUGAUCUAUUGCAUGGGGUUUCACCUUUGGAAUGACGAGACACGAUGGGCCGGCCUCACCCUCGGACUCUUUCUCCCGGGCACGGCGGUGCAGCUGUUGAGUGUCAAAUGGUACUAUGACGACGGUGACGACAGGCGAUGGUACCUGUCUACCAUACACAUUCUUCACUUGGGUAUCUUCAAAAGGUUAUGGGACUGCAUGAGAUAUGUGUCCCGCAUGCAGGGCUCAGUGGCGGAGCUGGGCGCUGUCGUCAUGCAGCAGGCAGACGUUGCCGCUCUUUGGCUCCUGGAGGCUCUGGUCGUCUCGCUGCCACAGAGCCUUCUGCAGGCAUACAUCGUGGUGUCCACUGACAUAGGGAUCAUGUCCCCAGUGGCCUACUCCUGUGGUCUUUGCGUGCUGUCCGUCUCCUGGGCACUGGUGCUGUACAGCCGCGCUUGCCGUCUCAUCCGGCCGGGCCACCUUGCCAUGCCGCCGGCGGCCCUGCUUUGCCAGCUGGUGUGGAGGGCCGGCAUGCUGGGUGCCAGGGUGACGUGUCUCAUGUUCUUCGCAAGGGUGUUCAGCUGGUGGGUCUGCGGAGUGGCAGGUUUUCACUGGCUGACUGCCUCCUUCUGGCUGGUGUCACAGCAACUAGACAUCUGCACCGGCCCAUGGUGUUGGCGUGCCUUUAACGGCCUGGUGGGUUUCAUCCACGUCUUCCUCUUCCUUAACGUCAAAGACGGACCCUCGCGUUUCCGCAUGGCCAGCUUUUAUACUUUCAUGCUGAUUGAGAACGCCACUUUGCUGCUAGCCGCCUCUGACUUACUGAGCGAAGCGUCGUGGGAUAACAUGACGCUCCCCAUCAGUGUCCUAAGUAGCUUUACCCUCGGGGCUACCUCCAUGGUCAUCUACUACCGGUUCCUCCACCCCAAGUCAACAGAGAUCGCCCAAGGUCUGAACCAGAACCACAUGGGUAGCACUUGUAUAGAACGUGGGGAGUCCUCCUUUUCACUCGGGGACAAAAGCUUGCCGGUUGGCGGUAUGCAAAACCACGGCAGCUUUUCACUCUCCGGUGUGGCCGGUUCACUGCUGGAGCAUCCGAGCACAUGCGGAGGGAGGCCGAACAGCUCCUGUCCUUGCUACCACCAUCACUGGCUCCUCAUACGGCUGGCCCUCAAAACAGGAGACCUGGGGAAGAUCAACCGAGCGUACGGAGCAGGCGGGGCGGCAGCCAUACUGGACAUGGAGGAGUACAACCAGGAGUGUAAGAGCAACGAAGGCGACACCAUCACGGCAGGGGGAAGCUGUGAGGGUGUCUCCAUGUCCGAGUCUCAGGGGCAAGGCUUGGCACCCCUGUCGGACUGCAAAGAUGAAUUUCAGACUGUGAGCGAACCCACGUCCUUUGAACAAGCAGAGGACGACAGUCUGGAGAUGGCGAGCCCGCUGGAGUCGCCAGCGUCCGAUUUCAAGCGCAGCUCACCAGAGGGCAAAUCCGUAUUUGGAGACAGUCCGGAGCCGUACUUCUGCCCCACAGAGUCCAGUUCAACCCUCUACUUCAGCGCUGAUCCCCAGUCUCCCAGCAGCUCCAGUAACCCCCGAUUGGACCGGGACAUUGGGGGUCUUGAGCAUGGCGUGCGUCUCAAUUCCAUCCCAAGCGACCCGGCUCUUCACAGGGACGUCCGAGGGCUAAUUGGUCGGGUCGGGCCGCGCUACACCUCUACCCCAAAACUGGACUCGGGAGUGCUGGACUCUCCCUCCAGUGUGCCUCACCUCAGCGGUCCCAGGAGGCAGCUCAUAAUGUCCCGCAGAGAUGAAGAUGAAUAUUUCUGACACGGUUCAGGAGUAGGAUGAUUUCAGCAAGUUCAGCAGUUUCCGCUUAAAGUAAAAAUGUGAAACAAGCAUUUAUUACAACGAAACAAAACAAAGUCGACAUCACGCUGAGCUAGUACAGUAGUAUAUUAUAAUCUAUAUUGGAAUAUUCUCUGAAAGCAAUACAUUGCACAAGUGGAGCCAUUGAAUGCUGUUUUAAAGGCCUCGUUAAUAAGCUAAUUAGUGGUGCUUGGAAGCAAUGUAUGACCUCAUAGCUAGAAAUAUUGACUACUAAUUACUCGCCGGUUGCGGAAUCCACUUAAAGCCACACUUCAAAUGGCAUUAGGAUAUAACUUCAUUUUAUUUUGACAGUUGAUACACCAGCAUUUAAAGCACCGCUGCAGAGCUACCGUGGCACCUGUAAGCAUACUUGCCAACCCUCCCGGAUUUUCCGGGAGACUCCCGAAAUUCAGCGCCUCUCCCGAAAACCUCCCGAGACAAAUUUUCUCCCGAAAAUCUCCCGAAAUUCAGGCGGACUCAGGUCCAUGCGGACCUGAGUCGCUAACCCACAAUAUAAACAGCGUACCUGCCCAAUCACGUUAUACCUGUAGAAUGAUGGAGGGCGAGUUCUUGGUUUCUUAUGUGGGUUUAUUGUUAGGCAGUUUCAUUAACAUCCUCCCAGCGCGGCAACAACACACAACAACAGCAGUCACGUUUUUGUCUACCGUAAAGCAGUUCGUCUGCCGUAAACAGCAAUGUUGUGACACUCUUAAACAGGACAAUACUGCCAUCUAGUGCAUUUGAUGAAGGCACUUUUGUGCGUGCCACACAGCAAUGCAUCAUCAGAGAGGGUGUUCAGCAUGGUUCGAAAAAUAGUGACAGAGAAUAGAACAAGGAUGGACAAUUCAACCCUUAACUCAACAAUGAGUAGAUGAGUGUUAUGUGUGUGUAUAUGUGUAAAUAAAUGAACACUGAAAUUCAAGUAUUUCUUUUAUGUAUAUAUAUAUAUAUAUAUAUAUAUAUAUAUAUAUAUAUAUAUAUAUAUACACAUAUAUA